AUUCAAUUCAUUGUUUUUUCUUUAACUGUCUAUUAAUUCCAAUUUCACUUAUAAACGAUAAAAACCAUACAGUUUCUCUAAACGGGGACAUAGAGAAAUUAUGAGCUCGGUACUUGCACGUAGUCUUCGGCUCACUCAACAGCAGCAACAGCAGGUCACACAAGGCUACCGGGCACUCCAUGCCAGCAGUGUUUCUUUGACCGGACGGAACAAGAAAAAGGUGAAUUUCAAAGCACACGCAAUCAAGAAUCGCAAAGAACAUGCGGAAAUCUACGACGAGCAAGACCGUGCCUACGACAUGGAGCAUAUGGAGGACUGGGAAUACGACGACCACCAUACCUACGGACACCUGUUCCUCGAAAGCAUCCGCGACGUACGCAAAUACGUUCGUAUGAUGAAGUUCGAACACCCAACGCUGGCACAACAUGCCAAGGCGUUUAAACCGCCACAGGCGGAUACGCAUUUUUUGAAGUUUGAGAGCUCAGUGUUGGCGCAGGAUCGUAAGGUUGUUUUGCGCUUGCAGGUGGCCAAGUUGGGGUUGAAGGGUGCAGAGUUGCAUAAGUUUUUGUUGUUGGUUGGUGUCAGGUAUAAUCCGCAGACGGAUGAGCUGAAGAUGUCGGAAAAUAGGGAGGCCACUUCGCUGCUGAAUAAGAAGAAGCUGGCAGAUACCCUAGUGGAGCUGAUCGCUGAGGCCAAGAAGAAGGACGAUAUGUUUGCUGAUGUGCCCCUGGACUUUGCGUACCAUGGGUACAAGCACAAGAUGCCGUUCCCCACCGAGUGGCUGUCCAAGGCAAAGGCCAGCACCGAGUAAACCGGCAAACAAGUGGGAAAACUAAAAAAAAGCUAAAAACAAAGCAGCCAGUUUUUAUUUCUUUUCUUCAAGGGAUAUCUUUAUAUUUUAC